AUGCUGUCGAAACUUCUUGUUGCUGCUAUGGGUAGCAUCUUGGUUCAAAGUGCUGCAGUCCACGCAGCGUCAAGCAUUAGCUAUCUCUUCACUUUUGGCGACUCAUACUCCCAGACAGGUUUCGACCCCAACGGCGCACAACCCUCCGCCUCCAACCCCCUCGGCAACCCCCCAUUCCCAGGAUGGACAGCAGCCGGUGGAGCAAACUGGGUCGGCGACAUCGUCAAAGAGCAAAACAACUCUCUCGUUCUAUCAUACAACUUUGCGUACGGAGGCGCUACAGUCGAUGCUAACAUCGUCAAGCCGUAUGCAAGCACUGUCUUGAGUUUUGUGGAUCAGGUCAACCAGUUUUCUAACUCUGUGGGCAAGCAUCCCGCUGGUACUUCUUGGACAGCUCAGAAUACGAUUGCAGGAGUAUGGAUCGGCGUUAAUGACGUUGGAAACUCAUUUUAUCUGCAGGAUGCAGAUGCAGUGGUUGAGAAGGCUACUACGAGAUACUUUGAGUUACUUCAGGUUCUGUACAAGGCUGGUCUGCGCAAGUUUGUUCUACUUAGCGUUCCGCCAACCGAAUUGACACCGUUGAUGAUCCAACAAGGCGCUGACUCGAACGCUCUUCUCGUGAAGGCUAUUAAGCUCUACAACAGCAAGCUGGCCUCAAAGCUCAGCACGUUCAAGAAAGCCAACUCUGGUGUCAAGACACUACUCGUUGAUACAUCUGUUUCUUUCAAGAAGGCUAUCAACAACCCCAAGGCUUAUGGUGCACCUGAUGCGACUUGCUACAACAGCGAUGGGAAGUCAUGCCUGUGGUUUAAUGACUAUCAUCCUGGAAUUGCUAUUAACCAGCUGGUGGCUGAGCAGGUGGCGAAUGAGCUCACGUCGAAUGGCUUUGGAUGGUGA